GUCAUGCAAAGUGUGGAAAUACAAUUAGCAGAGCUCCUACACAUCUUAACUUGAUAGGCAUUAUUUGUUCAGUACUCAAUAAGUAUAUCUAAUAACAUGCUCUAGCUGAGAAAAUCAAACAAGUUAGUAGCAUGCAUGCAUGCAUGUAGGAACACAUCUAAGCUGCUUCACUUCUUUUGCACCAAACCACACACGCCAUUUGCUUCUGCCACUACUGCAUGCAGUGCAGGCACACUACAAUAACACUACAGCACAAGUGCAGCACUAGGUGCGAAUAGGAGUCCAAACUUGCAUGUGGACAAGCAAGAGAAUGCAUGCACACAUAGAUAAAAUCCCCCCCGCUCGGUUCCAAAACCAUACACUUCUCUGCAGGGCAAGCACGAAGCAGCUAGAGAAAAAGAACUAGCCAUGCCCACCAAGCCUCUCCUCGUCUUCGUUUUCUUCACGUCCAUGGCGGUCGUCUCCCAUGCAUCGUCCCUACGCUUCCAAUACAUCGACCGUCGUCACAACUUCACCGCCAAGCAGGCGAGCACCUCCUCCUCGUCGUCCCCGUCCUCUGCACACGGCAGCCGCGACCGCCGCCCUUCGUUCGCGCUAGUGCGCCGCGACGCAGUCACCGGCUCGACGUACCCCUCGCGUCGCCACGCGGUGCUCGACCUCGUGGCCCGCGACAAUGCGCGCGCCGAGUACCUCGCUAGUCGCCUGUCCCCCGCGGCGUACCAGCCGACGGGCUUCUCCGGCUCGGAGUCGAAGGUGGUGUCGGGCCUCGACGAGGGCAGCGGCGAGUACUUCGUCCGCGUCGGCAUCGGCUCGCCGCCCACGGAGCAGUACCUCGUGGUGGACUCCGGCAGCGACGUCAUCUGGGUGCAGUGCAAGCCGUGCCUGGAGUGCUACGCGCAGGCUGACCCGCUCUUCGACCCCGCCACGUCGGCGACCUUCUCCGCCGUGCCGUGCGGCUCGGCCGUCUGCCGGACGCUGCGUACCUCCGGGUGCGGCGACUCCGGUGGGUGCGACUACGAGGUGUCCUACGGGGACGGGUCCUACACCAAGGGCGCGCUCGCGCUGGAGACGCUCACGCUGGGCGGCACGGCGGUGGAGGGCGUCGCCAUUGGCUGCGGCCACCGCAACCGCGGCCUCUUCGUCGGGGCGGCGGGGCUGCUGGGCCUCGGCUGGGGCCCCAUGUCGCUGGUCGGGCAGCUCGGCGGCGCGGCCGGCGGCGCGUUCAGCUACUGCCUCGCGAGCCGCGGCGCCGGGUCGCUCGUGCUCGGUCGGAGCGAGGCGGUGCCGGAGGGCGCCGUGUGGGUGCCGCUCGUGCGGAACCCGCAGGCGCCGAGCUUCUACUACGUCGGCCUGUCCGGGAUCGGCGUCGGCGACGAGAGGCUGCCGCUGCAGGAGGACCUGUUCCAGCUGACGGAGGACGGCGCCGGCGGCGUGGUGAUGGACACGGGCACGGCAGUGACGCGGCUGCCGCAGGAGGCGUACGCGGCGCUGCGGGACGCGUUCGUGGCCGCAGUGGGCGCGCUCCCGCGAGCGCCGGGCGUGUCGCUGCUGGACACGUGCUACGACCUCAGCGGGUACACGAGCGUGCGCGUGCCCACCGUGUCCUUCUACUUCGACGGCGCCGCCACGCUGACGCUGCCGGCGAGGAACCUGCUGCUGGAGGUGGACGGCGGCAUAUAUUGCCUAGCUUUUGCGCCGUCGUCGUCGGGCCCGUCCAUCUUGGGAAACAUACAGCAGGAAGGGAUCCAGAUCACCGUCGACUCGGCCAACGGAUACAUUGGCUUUGGACCCACCACCUGCUAGAUCAAAUCUGUGUGUCUGCUGCCUAAAACAAAGCUAGCUUACUCGGUCGGGCGGGCGGGCGGACUCAUGCAUGCGUUGGGUUCUAAAUAGGCCAUACGGGAUGAGAGUAUAUAGAGUCCUUGUAGUACGUAAAUUUGAGGUAACAAAAGGUUGAAGAAGGCAGUGUGUGUGUCAGUCCAGCACCAUGAUGAAUGUUGUGCGCCUGCACUGAAACCGUGGGUGAUGGUCUCUGUACAGAUCGUAGCAUGAACAUUUUCACUUUGUGCAAGGCUGCGAUGAGAUGGGACGAACAUGUUCACUUGGCUUGUAAAAGGGGCCAAGGCUGCGACGCGAUGAACCUGUUUCACUUGCCUUUUC